AUGAAGUACUGCACAGACAGCGAAAAACACCCGCUGACCAUGUACCACCGUAAGGUUCAACAAUGUGUUCAACGAAGAAAUGAAACUGCUGUCCGCAAAAUAUAUAUAAACUUGCGACUCGAAGACAUAAAACUUCGACUCGAAGACAUAAACCUUCGACUCGAAGACAUAAACCUUCGACUCGAAGACAUAAACCUUCGACUCGAAGACAUAAACCUUCGACUCGAAGACAUAAACCUUCGACUCGAAGACAUAAACCUUCGACUCGAAGACAUAAUCCUUCGACUCGAAGACAUGAAGCGCCAUUCGACGUUGUGA